GAUGUGUCAACGCUGUUCAUGAUCAUCGACACCGACCGUAGUGGAUGGAUCGAUCUGGAUGAGUUCGUGUCCGGUUGUAUGCAGCUGCAUGGUCCGGCAAAGAGUCUUCAGCUUGCACAAAUGAGCCACGAGAACAAGGUGACCAGGCAGGUAAUCCGAAGUCUCACCAAGUCGGUCGCGUCCAUACACAAAGAGCUGUCAGCGCUGAGAUACAGCAUGGAGGAUGGUUCAGGCACAAAUCAUGUCGUAUGA